AUGCAAACGGCGAGCACUCCAGCUCCUUACCAUCCAACACAUCCUCCAAUACAAAAUGGAUACCAGCCCCUCACAGAAUCUGAAAUUUAUGCCAUCAAACGACAGUACUUGGGACUACUUCCUCCUCCACAGAUAAUAGAUAUCUGCCUUACAUUUGAGGCUCAUGCGCCCCUCCAUGUAAAAAGUACUGUGUGGCCGUAUGAUAUUCGAGCCGCAAUUGCAGCAAUCCAGACCCAAAAUGCACAGAUAUCUCAGCAUGCACCAGCUCAACAAUCGAGCCCUCCAGUGGACUCUGGGGAUCAAUCUAAAUCUACAUCACCGCCAAAUGAUUCGCCUUCAGACACAGGAGACAAAACUGCUUCAUCCUCUUCUGAGCAACCGCCAGUUCCCUCUGUAACGCAUGGCCCGAUCUCUGGUAGUGCGACACCUCACCCGUCUACGGCAGCUCACCCACCGCCACAAUCCCUUCCGCACUAUCCACACCAACCUUAUUACCAUCCUUCCUAUCCACAUGCUCCUUACUAUCCCGCGCCACCCCAAGCACACUAUAAUUUCCCCCAUCCAUAUCCCCCUUACCCUCACCCACCUCCGGCUCAAUACCAACCAAACCCGCCUCCACCGCCUCCGCCAAGUCACGCACCAUCGUUAUUCACGAGUGUACCUUUAGCACAUUCUUCAGAACCAUCCUCAUCAUCAAAUAACGUCGAUGACCUCCCCAGUUACGAAGAAAUGAUUGUAGAGGCACUGAUAGAUUUUGGGGAUCCAGAGGGGUGUGCACCAAAGGCCCUCUUUAGUUGGAUGGCGUCACAUUACCCGUUACAGUCGAAUUUUAGGCCUUCAGCUAGCCAGGCCCUCCAAAAGGCCUUCAAACGCGGACGUCUAGAAAAAGGGAAUAAUGGUAAAUACAGAUUGAAUGUCAACUGGGAAGGUGGGAAUACUUCCAAGAGAACUACUCGUCGUCCGCAGACUCACGCUCAAACUGCAUUAUCUGCCCAUCAGGGACAUGCAUCAUCACCUUUCACUCAUAUUCCCCUUGUCCAUGACGUAGAUGCCGGUACAUCAUCGUCUCAGCCACAUGCCUCCGCACAAGGUCAACCUGGCCAUCCUUAUGGCUUUGGUUAUCCAGGGUCAUCCACGUCUGCGGCAAAUCAUCACCCUCAGCCUACUCCGUCGGAAACACAAACUACCGAAAGCCAGGUUCGAGAAGGCAGCGAUGCCUGGGAAGCGGCCCAAAAUAUUCUCAAAGCCAUAAAUUUUGGACAAUUGUUUCAGAUCUCCAACGAGGAUGGAGCGCCAAUACAUGCAGAUUUCGCGACGGCAGCUCAAGCGCCACCUCCAGUAUUUGCCGGUUCCGUCGAGGUAUCGUCGACAUUAGAUAGCCAACCAGUUUCGACGAUUGCGAGCACAUCUCUGCCAUCUCGUAAUACCGAGACUUUAUUACGCACUGAGUUGAACAGCGAUGAAAGAGCAGCACUGCAGGCUGAGCUUGCCCUCUUAGCCGCUCAACUGGCGGAGUUUGCAGAUGUGAGCGAGGACGAGCUAGCCCAAGACCUCAACCCUCCCAGAAGCAUCGAAGAGGGCUAUGUUUCCGUUGCGACUGCAAAAUCACACGAUUCUCCUGAUUCCGCCCAACCUCCUGCGGACCAGAUAUCGAAUAGUGACGAUGAUGACGACGACGAUAUGGACAUGGUUGAAGUACACGUACCAAUGGCAUCGCUAAUAGCGUAA